UGGCCAGGAUAAUCACAGCUACAUCUGAUGAUGCACAACUGCACUGAGCUGCAUCGAACUGCACAUACUGCGGCGUUUGAAGGUGGUGGCAACGAAACGACGGCAGCCAGGAUGGGCAGGUCACCUCUGCUACGAGCACAGAGAAUGGAAUUUCUCCAGCGGUCUACGAUAGCGCUGGUCAUUGUGGUGUGUGUACUGAAUGCAUCCCACAUCUCUGCCACUGCUCAGGGAGAACAAGAUGACACCGUAGAGGAAACGAAUUCUUAUAUACUGGACAAAGAUCUGCCCAAAUUUGGAGAGCCAAUUCAAAAUCUUACCGUUCCGGUGGGGCGUGAGGCGGUACUGACUUGUGUCAUCAACAAUCUUCAAACGUACAAGGUGGCGUGGCUCCGUGUCGAUACGCAAACAAUACUGACGAUUCAAACACAUGUCAUUACAAAAAAUCACCGCAUGACCAUCGCACAUGUGGAAGGCCGUGCGUGGGUGUUGCGCAUUCGCGAUGUGAAAGAAUCGGACAAGGGAUGGUACAUGUGCCAGGUCAACACCGAUCCGAUGCGUAAUCAGAUUGGCUACCUGAACGUUGUCGUUCCGCCAAACAUAUUGGACUAUCCCACCAGUACCGAUAUGGUCGUGCGCGAGGGCAGCAACGUUACACUGAAAUGUGCCGCUUCCGGUUCACCGACUCCUUCCAUCAUGUGGCGCCGAGAGGGCAAUGAGCCUGUCAGCGCGGGAGCGACCAGUCUGAACAGCUCCACCUUUUCCAUUUCGCGAGUUAAUCGACUGCACAUGGGGGCAUAUUUGUGCAUUGCAUCGAACGGUAUCCCGCCGUCGGUCAGCAAACGCGUCAUGUUGAUUGUUCAUUUUCCACCAAUGAUAUGGAUUCAAGAUCAGCUUGUUGGUGCCGCCCUGGGACAGCGUUUGACUCUCGAGUGUCAAUCCGAAGCUUACCCACGCUCCAUCAAUUACUGGAUGAAGAAUGACACCAUCAUAACGCAAGGCAAACACUUCGAACCAUCAAUUAAGGAGAUCAACAACUAUAAGGUGGUGAUGAAGCUUACCAUUAAAGACAUAAACAUCGCAGACUUCGGAACUUAUAAAUGCGUUGUAAAAAACUCGCUCGGUGAAACGGACGGCUCUAUAAAAGUUUAUCACAUUCCAUCGACCACUGCUAUGGCCACCAGUCCUCCAGCGACAACAACGAUUGCCACCACCACCGAAGCAGUGUUUAGAAAGAACUACAAAAACAAAGUGUAUCGCCCACCGUUGGAUGAAUUUUCUUCCUCAUCCAACAAAAUCACUGAAACAGGAGACAGUGCUGAAACGUGGAAUAUCGAUGGAACGAUUGAGAAAGAUCGUGAUCAUCGGUACAGGGAUAAGGGUGCCGGCUUCAGUGAGGAUCAACGGGAAAAGGAAGCGUUCGUUGAUACUGAAGGAAAUUCACGCGGCAGCCUGAAUGCUGUGUCGUCUAGAAGUGCUCUCCUGAUCAGUGUAUUGUACACACUGUUCGUAGGCAUGGUCAGAGAAUGCCGGUGA